AUGGGUGACCCGUCGCCGACUGCCGGACGUUCAGGAAAAAGAUGUGUUGUUUUCGGUUGCAGCAACACCAGUAAAGAUGGAGUUUCCCUUCAUUUCUUUCCAUUGAAGAAUGAUGAUAUUUGUAGAAAGUGGACUUCAUUUGUAACAACGAAAAGGAAGAACUGGGCCGGAGCCACCAAACAUUCUGUAAUUUGUUCGAAACAUUUCGACAUGUCCUGUUACCCGGCGAAGUAUAAGAUCAUGGAAAGUUUAGGCCAGUCAGUCCGAAGAAAGGACCUGCUUCCAGAUGCUGUUCCAUCUAUACACGCUUCAGAACCAAGCCCGAUGUCUAAUAUUACAGACACGCCACCACCGCCAAAGAGACAAAGAAUGGCUUUUACUAAGAGAGAAAAUGCUAGGAUACUGUCACAGCAUUUCCAAGCAACAGAACUGAUGGAGAUUGACCAUGAUGUUGACAACGGUUCGAAUAAUACCAUGGUGUGCGGUAUGGAGAGUGAUAACUCAACACCACAUACACCAUCAGGAUCAACAACAGCUUUAACAAGAACCUAUGGUUGCCAAGUAGGUUUGAAGAAGCCAGCAAGAAGGUCAAAGAAAAUACAAACAAGUUUUAAAACUCAUAACCAAGUAUGUCAGACGACAUCCAAUGAAUGCAAGUCUGUGGCCAUCCAGUGUGAUAUUAUAAAACCAGAACAAACGUCAAACACCAACAUGUGCGAGGACCACAAUCUUACUUUUGAUCAUGAUGGCACAGAGGAGGACAAUGGAGAUAUGGAUGACCAUAGUCCCCAAGAAGACUUGCUUGACAGUUCAUUUAAUGCGUCAUUUCAGAGUGAAGCAGAUGAAGAUGUUGACUCUGAUAGCAACAUAGAUGAUGAAAGGGAUGAUGGAAGAGACAGAAAAUUUUUGGUUUACGAAUCAGAACUCCUAAAAUUAUUUUCAGCAUGCCCAAGAUGCUCCAGCCCAACAUUUGGACAUAUUCAACAGCUGCGCGGUACAGCAGUGAAAAUUCUACAGGACUGUGGUUUUUGUUCCUAUACCAAUGUUUGGAAGAGCCAACCAAUGAUCGGGUCAAUACCAGCUGGAAACUUACUGCUUUCAUGUGCAAUUCUGUUUUCUGGAUCGCUUCCAAGCAAAUCACUGCGGAUCCAGCCAUAUUGCAAGUUUGGAAUGAGCAUCAGCAGUGCUAUUUGGACAGUGUGA